CAAAUGUUUCUCAAACGUUGUAUGAAUUCAUUGUUACAUAAAGCGAUGUCACCCUGUCAGUCCUGAAGUUCUGAUUGCCACCUACCGAAAGCCUCGUGCCUCUGGCUGAAUCACAGUACAAACUAAUUUAUCAACAUGAGAACAAUCACAAGGUUUGACUUUUUCCCAUUGUACUUAGAGAAGUGGUUGUGUAAUUGGACACAGCGUUCAUGCAAGUGACUGCCACAUUUUGUCUUAUGCAACUCUGCCAAGCUGUCACUUCUGUUAUUUCUGCAAUGGUAAAAUAUCGCCUAUUCAUAGUGGCAUUUCCAUUAUGAUCUAUAAAAAGCCCGUGCAAUAGAAUUUCUUCAUAUCUGCCUGCAGGACUCGCGACCUGAAUUUCCGCACGAGACAGGAAAGUACGCGGAAGCUCGACAUGUUUGUCCCUCCCAGUCAUUCAGGGCUAUUAAACUUGUCAGCUUGCAGGUCAUGUCAGCCACAUUCGCCGGGUUUGAGAGAAACGCUGAUCGAUGGACGGACACACACCUGGAGAACCCGUGGAUAUGAACGCAGUGGCUGUGGUGAGUCGACGCGGGUGGAAGGCCCUGGAAGCUCGGGAUAAGACAGAGAUGAAGAAUCCCGCACAGAAGGUGAUCGUUCACCACACAGCGCUCCGGUACUGCGCGCACCCGCGCGACAGUGUCUCUGAGCUCGCGCACAUCCAGCACAUGCACAUGCAAGAGAGGGGCUUCGACGAUAUCGGUUACAAUUUUCUGAUCUCUGGAGACGGGACGGUGUAUGAAGGGCGAGGAUGGGGGAUUGUAGGGGCCCACGCAAAGGAACACAACUUCAGUUCUGUUGGCAUCGCAUUCAUGGGCAACUUCAACGAUGAAUUGCCCAGUUCUGCGUCACUGUCUGCUCUGCUGAGACUGCUGCACAUUGGAGUGCUUCACGGUCAUGUGCAGCCCAAGUUUGAGCUUGUGGGACACAGAGACGUGGCAAAAACUGAGUGUCCGGGGAAAAAUAUAUAUGCUUUACUACCAAAACUAAGAGACCAAUUACAAAAACAGUGACCUCUUUUAUGUGUGUGUGUGUGUGUGUGU